UCCACUGCAAUAGGUCUUGUGCCUCUACUUUAUAACUGGCUUUAUUAUCAAAGCUUGCAGUUACAGCGACUGGAUUGCUCCGGACUGUGAUUUUACAAUGGUUCCUGCAGCCUUUCCCACCUCUCUUCCUCUGUGUGUGUGUCUGCUACUGGCCUCUGGCUUGGUCCAGGCAGACAGGCUGCUGGUGGUGCCCAUGGAUGGGAGCCACUGGUUUGACAUGCAGAUGGUUGUGGAGAAACUCAUUCACAGAGGGCAUGAGGUUGUGGUAGUCAUCCCAGAAGUGAGUUGGCGGAUGGAGAAAUCCCUGAAUUGUACAGUGAAGACUUACUCGGUUUCUCACACUAUGGAGGAUCUGGACAGAGCGUUCAAUUAUUUUGCUUACACUCAAUGGAAAACUCCUGAGCAAAGUAUACGUUCUUUCAUGACAGGCUCAGCCAGAGGUUUCUUUGAACUAAUGUUUUCACACUGUAGGGAUUUGUUUAACGACAAGAAGUUAGUGGAGUACUUGAAGAAGAGAGCUUUUGAUGCAGUGUUUCUGGAUCCUUUCGAUGUGUGUGGAUUAAUUGUUGCCAAAUAUUUCUCGCUCCCAUCAGUGAUCUUUGCAAGAUAUUCAUUUUGCUACUAUCUUGAAGAGGGUGCCCAGUGCCCAAGUCUUCCUUCUUAUGUUCCUAGACUUUUCUCAAAAUACACAGACACCAUGACUUUCAAGGAGAGAUUGUGGAACCAUUAUAUGUACAUUGAAGACUAUAUAUUUUGCCCCUAUUUUUACAAAACUGCUGUAGAAAUUGCCUCUGAAGUUCUGCAGACCCCAGUGACUAUGACAGACCUCUUUAACCCAGUGUCUAUUUGGUUGUUACGCACUGACUUUGUGUUGGAGUUCCCCAGACCUGUGAUGCCCAACAUGGUCUUUGUUGGUGGGAUGAACUGCCUCCAGGGGAAGCCACUUUCCAAGCAUACCUUUCCAUGGCAUAGACACCAGAGUAUGGGUGUGAAGGCACCAGCUCCAGCUCUCCAUGUUCAGAAGAUCAUGCAACAAUAUUGGGUACGGAACACCUCAUCUAUUCUUCCUAUGGUCACCUGGCAUAUUUCCCACUGGGGACAUCUGGAAGCCUGUGUAAUGGUGAGAAUUACAUAUAAUAAUACAGAUGUUUGUGUGCUUGUUCUGUGCUGGCCCAGUGUAACUCCUCCCAAUACCUGUGGCUGUUCCUUGGUGUCCAUGUGCUUGAGGAUUCAGCUUCCUUUUCUGCUCUUUCUCAAGUACUCAAUUCCUCCUCCUCUCCUUCCUUCUUCAUCUCUCCACUCCUCCUCCUCCUUCUGAUAAACCUAUGUAGUC